AUGUCAAAUUUAGAUCCUGAAAAUCCGCAGGAAGCCGUAGAAACAAAUCGAGAUGAGGAGGAGGUUCAGUUGAGGGUAUUACCAGAUGACCAGAUUGUCCGUUCUAAUUCAUUUUGGCGUCGUGGCUUGACGUCAAAACUUAGCUCAGCUCCUCCUCCCAUUAUUAUCCAUGGUUGGAUUUUAUCUUUCUCUCACUACAUUGCUCUCUACUCAACGCUAAUUUCCCGUCUAGGUACAAGAUGUGACUGUCGAAAAUUGCGUGCCAAGUCGGAGGAGGUUCGCCGUAGGAACAUGUACUAUGCUCGAAAAUGUCAGGAAGUUCUUUUACCAAUUGUUGAAAGUGUUAAAGUAUCUCUUCUACGCCCUCCAUCUGCCUCAAGGAAUAUAUAUUCCUCUUAUCGUCGUGGAAGUAGGAAAUCAAAUUUGGAGGAUUAUUACCAUCUAUUCUUUCUCCACUGCACAUGCCUCGAGUUUUUCAUUAGCCAAUUGCUGAGAACUGCUCAGUUAUUCCAGUGCUUUUCCCUCAAUAUUGGCAGCCCUCUUACUAGUUCUUUCGUUGCUCCACCGCAUAAUUUUAUCUAUUCAGGUCUGGCAGAAGUCGAAAAGCCGAUGAAGAAAAAGAGCCAACCGCGAAACGGGCGCAACCGAGAUGAUCAGAACACCUUUGCAAACGACUCCCUUUCGGGAAUUGAGUUGGAUUUGGCCUCGAGAACUAGUUGUGGCCAAAGUGGCGAACAUGACAAUUAUUCCAAUGACCAUAAACCCAAUUCUUCCAGUAUGUCCGCAGCAAUUCAAGAACCGCAACCUUCUAGUAGUUCGAGAAGAAAUAAGACCUUCUCCUUGUUUUAUCAUAAAAAUGUUCCAACCUGCACACCACAGUCGGGUUCUAAACUUCGUUCCUUGAAGAAAUUCAGCCCUCCGCCAUCUUCCUCAUCAUAUGGUGAACAGAAGAAACGCAUUGCAGAAACCGAUUCAGAGUGUUUUGAGAAAUUAAUGGAUGAUAUUCAAGCUCUUCAUGGAAUGAUUGGGGAGAUUGAAGCCACUGUCCCCAUACAUCCAUUUAGACGACGAAGGAAACAAUCUUCCCACAAUAAUACAAAUCCAGAUGAUACCUAUGGAGAUUUUGAAUAUUUCAACGAGAUGGAUGAGGAUUUAGACAAUCAAAGUGAUGAGGAAGAAAUCAGAGUGGUGCAGGAGAUUCAACGAAUUCCUUUUCAUUCCCAAUUCUGGUUUACUAAUUCAAAAUUACUUAGACUUCGACGACUUUGGCAGAAUGUUCGAUUAAUGAAAACUAUGCGAAAGAAGCGAAUGGGAAGAGGUUCUCCAGGGUAUGAGGAAAAAACUCGGGAUGAUGAUCAGACUAUUUUGAAUAAACGCAUUCGUCGAAGGCAGUACAUUUGCUUGAGCUGUAUUGUCGCAAUUUCUAUUGGCUUAUUCGGAUCGGCCUUGGGAUCGUGCAUCUACCUUCUUGCUUAA